AAUCACUUUUACUUGCUCCAUGUAAUGAUAGGUUUAAAAACCUGAUCUCUUUUUUUUUUUUUGGUAUAGAAAAGAAGGCAAAAACCUAAUCUUUUAAUUAAGGGUAAAUGGGUGCUUAUCCGUUAUCAUCAAUCAUCAUCUGUUCGGUAAAAAUCUUUGUUACUAUGUGUAACAAAAGAUUCCCUAGUAAAUAAAAAAAAAAAAAAAAGAGAGAGAGAGAAUCAAAUGGACGGAAAGAGUGAUUAGAAUCCCCAGAUUCUAUGCUUGAAAUCGGCCAAUGUUUGUUUUGAGUCCAGAAUCCCAAAAAGUACCAUUGCUCUAAUGUUAAAAACUUAAAAUAAGUUCCGCUGUAUGUUAGAAUUUCUGGUUAGGCAAAUUCCCGAUAGGAAAAGGUAACUUUGAAGUGUUGUUUGAUUCUUUCAAGCUCUGCAUCCAGUCAAAUGGCCUUGAGAGAAUGCAAUUCUAGCCUCAAUUAAUAAAUAAAUUCAUGGAAGUCAUCCAUUGUUCCAAUAAAUUCUCCUCAUUGACUUCCAGUGCAGCAAAACUGGAAAGAACAACAAUAUAGUGAGGACUUGAGGAAUAAAAAAUCCUACCCAAAAAUAGUGAUAUGACAACCGCUCCUUCACCGCCGCCGGAGCAAGCAGCCGGCCGGGAAACCCCUCAACAACUACCAGUAACCACCGCUCCCGCCGCCAAAAAGGUACCAAAGAAACUCACCCUCAUCCCUCUUAUUUUCCUCAUAUACUUUGAAGUCGCCGGAGGCCCGUAUGGGGAGGAGCCGGUUGUCCAGGCGGCCGGGCCUCUAUUGGGUAUUCUCGGUUUCCUCAUCUUCCCGUUUAUUUGGAGUAUCCCGGAAGCUCUCAUCACGGCGGAGCUCUCCACCGCCUUCCCCGGGAACGGCGGUUUUGUCAUCUGGGCUGACCGGGCUUUUGGCCCCUUUUGGGGAUCUCUGAUGGGGACAUGGAAAUUCCUGAGUGGGGUAAUUAACAUAGCUGCUUUCCCAGCUCUCUGCAUCAGUUACCUUGAGAAGCUUUUCCCCAUUUUUGCUUCUGGGCUUCCAAGGCGUUUGGCCAUUGUGAUUUCCACUCUGGUUCUUGCGUUUGUUAAUUACACUGGUCUUACUAUUGUUGGAUAUGUUGCUGUGGCUCUUGGGUUGAUUUCAUUGGCACCUUUUAUUUUGAUGUCUUUUAUUGCAAUCCCCAAGAUUCAUCCUCACAGAUGGAGUAGUUUAGGCCAGAAGGGUGUUAAGAAAGAUUGGAAUUUGUUCUUCAAUACUCUGUUCUGGAAUCUGAAUUUUUGGGAUAGUGUUAGUACUAUGGCAGGGGAGGUUGAGAAGCCCCAGAAGACUUUUCCAUUGGCACUUCUUUGUGCUGUGAUUUUCACUUGUUUAGGUUAUAUCAUCCCAUUGGUGGCUGUAACAGGAGCACUCUCUGUGGAUCAGAAUUUAUGGGAAGCUGGAUUCAUGGCAGAUGCGGCGGAAAUGAUUUCUGGGAAAUGGCUCAAAGUGUGGAUUGAAAUCGGAGCUGUUUUAUCCGCAAUUGGGCUGUUUGAAGCUCAAUUGAGCAGCUGCGCUUACCAAGUGGAAGGAAUGGCGGAAAUCGGGUUCUUGCCCAAGUUCUGUCAGUUGAAAUCCAAGUGGUUUAACACGCCGUGGAUCGGGAUCCUCUUGUCAACCGCCAUUGCGCUUGGGAUUUCUUUCAUGAGCUAUGAGUCCAUCGUUUCGGCUGCAAAUUUCUUGUACAGUUUGGGGAUGCUUUUGGAGUUCCUGUCUUUCCUCUGGUUGAGGUGGAAAAUGCCGACUCUGAAGCGGCCGUACCGGGUUCCGAUGGGCCUGCCGGGGCUGGUGGUGAUGUGCUUGAUUCCGUCGGGAUUCUUGGUGUUCAUCAUGGCAAUCGCCACCAAGACGGUGUAUUUGAUGAGCGGAUUGAUGACCGUUGGUGGGAUUGGAUGGUAUUUCGUGAUGAAGUUUUUUAAGUCUAAGCAAUGGCUCAAAUUUAGCGACGGAUAUGUUGAAGAAGAAGAUGAAUGACUUAUGGAAGAAGACAGUCAUCGUGUUUUAGCAAGUUGCUGUUGUAGUUUAGUUUAGUUUAGUUCUUUUUUUUCCUUUUCCUUUUUGUUUUCUAUGUGGUACCAUUGUGCAAAUUUAUUCCUUUUGUGACAUAAAAAUAGUUUACUUUAUUAAAAUAACAUAGCGUAAUUUGAUAACUAAAUUAUUCUUUUGGAACCGAAAAAGUUAAUUACAUUCAAAUAUAUAUCAUCAGUUUGUGUUCCUGAGAAAGAGUGAAGAUUCUUUAUUUGUAUGGUGGACGAGACAAGAAUCUAUUGGAAUCAAAUGACAGAGUCAGAAGGAUGUAAUGUAAAAGAACCAAACGUGUAGAAAAAAAUUUCUCUAUUGUAGGCAAUUUGUGUGGAAUGUGAUGUUAUAUUGUUAUGGGUUAUGCUUGCACACUUGUGAUUUGACUCUAUUUAAUAUAGUUUUUUUUUCCCAAACGC